UGAUAUGAGAUUUUCUCGAUGAUCGGUGUCCUUUUAAAUAUUUUACUUGUUUUCCAAUAAAUAAUUAAAGCUUAGAAGCUCAAUCGUAGUUCUAAAUCGACGUGAUCAACAUGCAACGAGCUAUAAAAAAAAUUGUUGAGUGUAAAAGCACUUAUGUAUCUUCAUAAAAGAAGAAUUCAUAACUUUCUCCCAGCUUUCGUAAAACUAUCUGAAGAAGUGCAAGAAAGUGUCUUAAAUGGAAGCCCUGUAGUUGCCUUAGAGAGUACUGUAAUAACACAUGGUUUGCCUUACCCACAGAACUUAAGCACAGCUUCCAGACUAGAAGAAGUUGUGAGACUGAAUAAUGCUAUUCCAGCUACAAUAGGAAUAAUCAAUGGCAUCAUUCAUGUUGGAAUGAAUUCUGAACUGCUGGAAAUAUUAGCUUCUCAAAAAGAAAAAAGUGUAAAAGUUUCAAGAAGAGAUUUACCUUAUAUGAUUAGUAAGAAAUUGACUGGAGGCACAACUGUGGCAGCAACAAUGUUAAUUGCCCACAAAGCUGGAAUUCCUAUUUUUGCUACUGGAGGUAUUGGUGGGGUUCAUAGGGGAGCAGAGAAAAGCAUGGACAUCAGUGCAGAUUUAUAUGAGCUGUCUAGAACCCCUGUAACUGUAAUAUCAGCUGGUGUUAAAUCUAUUUUAGACAUUGGUCUUACCUUGGAGUAUUUGGAAUCACUUGGAGUAUGCGUUGCCACUCUUGGAAGUUCCAAAGAGUUCCCUUCAUUUUUCACUCCAUCAAGUGGUUUUUCUUCUCCUUGUAAUGUUGAAACAUAUGCAGAAGCAGCUCACUUAAUAGAUUGUAGAGAUCAGUUACAAUUGAAAAGUGGACUACUUUUAACAGCCCCUAUUCCCGAAAAAUACAGUAAUGAUGGUUUACAAACAGACAGAGUUAUAUCAGAAGCUUUGAGAAAAGCUGUUGACAAUAACAUAAAGGGGAAAGAUGUAACUCCAUAUGUGUUGAAACAAGUGCAUGAAUUAUCUGCAGGUGCUUCCCUCAGAGCUAAUAUUGGCUUAUUAGAAAAUAAUGCUGAAAUUGGGAGUCGCAUUGCUUGUGAGUUAAGUAACCUCAAGAAAGGAAACUCUGCAACCUCUACUUUUCUGUCUUCAUCUUCUGCAAAGCAAGAGUCUUCGAACACUGUUCCUUCAAGUCCUAGACCGGUUAUUGUUGGGGGCUGCAUCUUGGAUAUUCAUGUCAAAGCUGCAGAAGACAUUCAGGUAAGUGACAUUUUCCUUCAUUUCUCCUCUUUUUUAACUACAAAAAAAAAGCCCAUGUUUUGUUAUUUAUUGAUCAUUUUGUUUCUGUUUACUUUUGCAAAAAUUACAUUUGCAUCUGCGCCCAACAUGCUUACCAGAAACAUGUUAUAA